AGGGCGGGAGGGCUUCGCUCGUCCUUCAGUCUGGUGGUGAUGUCGUUGCGGGCGGUCAGCUGAAGGUGGGAAGACGCUCUAGGCUUCCUGUGCUCGCUGGCGGGACCACACAACACAGACAGACAGACAGACGCAACUUAGCUUCGCGGAGACGCGGACAGCUCGGGCGCCCAUGGUGGGGGCUGCAGGCACCGUCUUCAGGGGGCUGCUGAGGAGACAUCUGUCCCUCCGCAAGACUCCCUGGCUCGGUUUAAGGCAAAUGUCCUCGCAGCAGGAGAAGCGUGACUACCUGGACAGCUAUGAGACCCUGAAGCUGACCCGGGUGCGGGACAAAGUAAUGCAUGUGGAACUCAACCGGCCAGACAAAAGGAAUGCUAUGAAUGCUGCUUUCUGGAGGGAGAUGGUAGAGUGCUUCAACAAGAUUACUGAAGACACUGAAUGCCAUGCGGUGGUGAUAUCGGGUGCUGGGAAAGUCUUCACUUCAGGCAUCGACCUGAUGGAGAUGGGCAGUGUCUUCCUGAUGGUGGAAGGAGAUGACGUGGCCCGCAAGGCCUGGAACUCUCGCAAGAUAAUCCGAGAGUAUCAAGAGACCUUCACAGUGUUGGAGAAGUGCCCAAAGCCGGUCAUCGCUGCCAUCCACGGCGCCUGCGUUGGAGGAGGUGUGAACCUCAUCUCGGCCUGCGAUAUCCGCUACUGUGCCCAGGAUGCCUGGUUCCAGGUUAAGGAAGUAGAUAUUGGGAUGGCAGCUGACGUUGGAGCUCUACAACGCUUACCACGGAUCAUUGGCAAUCGGAGCCUGGUGAACGAGCUGGCUUUUACUGCCAGGAAACUGAUGGCUCCAGAGGCCGAGAGCAGUGGCUUGGUCAGCCGUGUGUUCCAAGACAAGGAGGCCAUGAUGCAGAGUGCCUUUGACUUGGCCGCCGAGAUCGCCAGCAAGAGCCCGGUUGCCGUGCAGGGUACCAAAGUGAAUCUUAUCUAUUCCAGAGAUCACCCAGUGCCUGAAGGCCUGAGAUACAUGGCCACCUGGAACAUGAGCAUGCUGCAGACGGAGGAUGUCCUCAAAUCUGCUCAAGCUGCCAUGGAGAAGAAGACUCCUAAGCAAGUUGUGUACUCCAAGCUGUAGCUGCGCCAUCUUGCUUUAGGAGGAAAGCGUUCCCCUCCGCCUGCUGUGCACAUGGGUUAGACUGGACUCCUGGCCUUUGCAAGAGGAGGGGGUACAAGUGCCUUGGGAUGCUGGCCCAGCUGUGCAUCCCUUUCAACAGCUGGGCUCUGCCUCGGGGAGGGGGCUGGGAUACCCACGUUUGUUUUCAGGGAGGGCAGAGACUAGAGGCCUGUCUUCUGAACCCUGGUGCUUUUUGAACAAAGGAAGGUUAGUGGUGGCAGAGAAAUUUGUGAGGAGGAGAGAAGAUUUAUUCACUAGAGAUUAAAGGCUGCUUUAUAAUGCU